UUUUAAUAAAAUACUAAUUUGUUUAUAUGCUAUGCAGGUUUAAAAUAUUUACAUCACUAAAAAGCUGUUAUGUAACGAGUCUCGAAAACUGUCAAAUGGUGAAGUGUGCUCAAGUGCUAUUUUUUAAGGAUGGGAAACAGAGCAUUAACAAAAAUAAAAACCGGAUUAACAAGGGAGUUUCUAACGUCAUCUAUUCUAAACGGUGCUAAUAGAGUUAAAAUGAACAACUUUACUCCGGAAUAUUUGGAAGGCAAACUUAAGAGCGCAUUGGGAGCACAAGUUGUGCAUGCUAUUGACGAGUCUGACGGCUGUGGCGCAAAAUUCAGCGUAAUCGUUGUUUCGGAACAGUUUCGUGGCAAAACGUUGUUGCAAAAACACAAAAUGGUUAAUUCGGCACUAAGCGCAGAAUUAAAAGAGAUACACGCUUUUUCUCAAAAGACAUACACUCCAGAAGAGUGGGAGAAAGCGCAACAGAGUUAAAAUAUAAAACAAUAAAUUAAACAUAUAACAUUUGAACAGCGAAUCAGUCAGCAAAAAACCAAACAGCAGUAGACGUAAGGAAAGUGAAAGCAACUGUUGCAAAUUAGUUGAAAUUGUGUUUUGAAAUUGAUAAAAAGCACGAAAAUAUAUAUAAAAAUAAUUUAAGACUCCAUAAGUUUGCAAAACAAUUACAAAACAUUAUUUUAGAAAAAAUUGUAAAAUUUACAAUUUAAAUUUGUAGCUUAGAAAUAGAUAAUAAUUAUAUGCAUUGACUUUUGACGUGUUAUUUAUCGUAAGAUCUAGAAAUCUCAAAUUUCCAUCUAAAAGAGAAGUUAUUUAAUAAUUUUUGUUACGAUGC